CUUUUCCAAUAUGUCAACUUGAGGAGAUUAUAAUUUAUCCAAAACACUUGGUGCAGGAGCCCAAGCAACUGUGAGGAUAGCCAGGAGAAGAAGCACUGGAAAUUUUUGAGCUGCCAAACUGCUAUACAGUGAAGAAGAGCAGGACCGAAGUACACAAGGAUCUUAUAAGAAAGAUGAGAAUGAAAUCAGAUCGAUAGAAGAGACUAAAGAAGAAGAAAAAGAUGAAGAGAGCAAAAAAGAAAAUCCUGAAAUUAUGGUCUUGAGUGCACUAAAUCAUCCUAAUAUUAUUCGAUUAUUAGAUUAUGAUUUAAAUGCUCGAUAUACGAACCGGAGAUCUCAAGUCUCUAGAGUGACAAUGCUUAUAUUCGAAUAUGCAACCAAUGGUUCACUUCUUGACUAUAUCGCUCUUAGUGGAAGGCCAUUACCAGAAGAUAUUGCAAGAUCUUAUUUUCAUGAUUUAUGAGAAGCUCUUAACUACCUUCACAGUAAUGGAGUCAGCCAUAGAGAUAUCAAACUUGAAAAUAUACUACUAAAUAAAAAUUUUGAACUGAAGCUAGCAGAUUUUGGAUUUGCUUCAGGGGUCACAGGCAAUACAACCAGAGUUGGAACAAUUACCACAGCGGCUCCAGAAGUAUUGAUGGCAAUGCCUUAUAAUGGACAUUGUGCAGAUAUCUUUUCGCUAGGAGUUGUUCUAUUUAUGAUGGUUUCAGGACAUCCUCCUUUCAAUUGAGCAAACCCAGCCUCAGAUCCAAGAUAUAAGGCUUUAUAUAUUAAUCAAUCAGAUUUUUUUUGGAAAACGCAUUUUAAGACUGAUGUUGAGAAUAUUAACAGAUUCAGUGAUUCUCUCCAAGAGUUGAUUGUUUCUAUGCUAAGCUUUCGCCCUUCCCAUCGUCCAUCACUUUCAGAAAUAAUGAACUCAUCUUGGUACCUAGCCCCUCCAUCCCCUCUCCUCGACCUUCCUACUCCAGAACCCCUCCUUCCACCCUCCCUUGCCACUGACUCAGACUACAAAACCCACUUAAAAGAACUGAAAGAGGGGAUUGACCGAGAGAACUCCAGAAAGGAAGAAGAGUGCCCAGAUCUGCCCUUCGACCAGGAGAUUGUGGACUACCAGAUUGUGAAGAGGGGUUGAAGAGAGGGUUGAAGGGACAGAAAGAGCCGAUUGUGGUGGUUACUGAGAGGGAGUGUACGAAAUUAACAAAACUAUUCUCAAAAUCAGACCCUGAGGAACUCCUGUAUGCUAUAACCUACUUUGCUAAAGACAUUGAUUGAGAAAUAAAGGACAUUUCAAACUCAGAGUACUCAAUCAGAAUAGAAGUAGCUCCUGUGGAAGAAAAUGAUAUCUUAACUGAACUUAGAAAAGAAAUGGACAUGCGUGCCGCAGAGCCUUCUACAAUUGCUAACACAGAAAUUAUCAUCACGAUCCAACCAGUUGAUGACUCCACUUACUGAAUUGACUCGGCCAUGACUCAAGGGGACUACUUCCAGUUCGCUAAUAUCUUCAAAGCCUUGAGAGAGUUCCUUGGAGGGUACGUUAAUGCUGAUGCCCCACAGACCAUUCUUUAAAAAAUGGUAAAUCAAAUCCUUGUUU